AUGACAAGAAAGAAAGAAGACCCAAAGAAUGACAUCACCGUGCUCACUUCUCAUUCGCUAAAACAGAAUCACCUCGAAUUGUCGGAUAAUGCCAUCGAGUAUAUUGCACCGGGAACCUUCAAAGAUCUAGAUGAAAUCAGAGUAAUAAACCUCUACUCCAACCAUCUGUACACGGUCCAAGCAGGAACCUAUGCCGGCCUCAAGAAUCUAGAGGCCAUAGGACUUCAUUACAACCGGAUUGGCUACAUCUCCCCUCAGGCGCUGCGGGGUCUAAAAAAACUCCAGGUCCUCGAUUUGUCGUAUAAUGCCAUCGAGUAUAUUGCACCGGGAACAUUCAAAGAUCUAGAUGAAAUCAGAGAAAUAGAACUCUACUCCAACCAUCUGUACACGGUCUCAGCAGGAACCUAUGCCGGCCUCAAGAAUCUUGAGGAGUUAGGACUUCGGAACAACCGGAUUUUCCACAUCUCCCCUCAGGCGCUGCUGGGUCUGAAGAAACUCGAGGUCCUCACUUUGUCGCAUAAUGCCAUCGAGUAUAUUGCACCGGGAACAUUCAAAGAUUUAGAUGAAAUCACAUACCUAAGCCUCUACUCCAACCAUCUGUACACGGUCUCAGAAGGAACCUUUGCCGGCCUCAAGAAGCUUGAGGCCAUAUACCUUCAUAACAACCGGAUUUCUAGCGUUGCUGCUGGAGCCUUUGAGGGCGCAACGGCAGCACAGACAGUUUAUAUAUCUAACAACAACCUCGUCACCAUCGCAGCUGGCACAUUCAGAGGACUGAGUAGCGUGACCGAAAUUUGUAUUGAUGAUAAUGCAAUAAGCUUCAUCGAACUUGGCGGUUUUCAUGGGAUGCCAAUGAUCAACUCUAUCAUUUUGGCGGGCAACGAGCGCUUGACAUCUAUCGACAAGGACGUGUUUAAUCUGACUGAACUCACAUCCACAGAUGGAGUAAGCGUUGACCUAGGAGGUUGCAAAUUGGAUUGCCAAUGUGACAUUGACUGGCUUGACGAGGCUCCAUUUACUACUUUGUAUGCCCAUUGCGCAACUCCACCGGAGCUGUCCACAAUCGAACUGCCGUCUUUAAAAUGCGUGAAUGGUCUGAUGGUUCCUAUAUAG